AUGACAAAGGGAACGUCCUCGUUUGGGAAGUGUCGGAAUAAGACGUACACGUUGUGCCGCCACUGUGGCUCUAAGGCCCACCACCUUCAGAAGUUGACCUGUGGUAAAUGUGGGUACCCUGCCAAGCGGAAGAGGAAGUAUAACUGGAGUGCUAAAGCUAAAAGACGAAAUACCACUGCGACUGGUCGAAUGAGGCACCUAAAUAUUGUAUACCGCAGAUUCAGGCAUGGAUUCUGUGAAGGAACAACACCUAAACCCAAGAGGGCAGCUGUUGCAGCAUCCAGUUCAUCUUAAGGAUUUCAAUUAUUAGUCACGCAAU